AUGGCAACAACUGCAUCUGUUUCGAGUCCGAACGGAUUCAAUCAUACAAACAACACCAAUAAUAGUGGUGUUCACGGUACCGAAAAUGGAUCUAGUCAUUGCAUAAGGGCAUCAUCAUCUCAAUCACCACUUGCAACGCCCACAGCUACACCACCACCGCAUCCAUCUACUAAUCCACAACUGCCACAGUCACAACAAAGUAAUAAUCACGGUCUACAGCGACAGCUCCUGCAACUGCAACUGCAACUUCAACUGUCCAGCCAAAACUCAACUCCUAAAUUUUCUCACACCAAAAGUCCCAUGACCUUGCCAUCGCUUCCUCGUGCACUGCCACAACUCAACGAAAAUUCCAACACAAAGGAAAACGCCAGCACUCCAAGGACUUUAUAUAUACAACCUCAACAAUCUAACUCAUUACCGUUAAACAACAACCAGUUCACUCCCGGUACUUCAUUCAACAACAACAACAAAAGUAACCACAUCUAUUUACAGCCAAAUAGUCCACAUCGUUCAAGCCCUGUUAGUAAUACCAUCUCCACCCCUAGAUCAGGCUCAUUGCUGGGUCCGUCAACCCCUUCUUUCAAGUUAAACUCACCCUCUCCAACUACAUCCACAUUUGCCACCAGUUUUCCACCCACAAUUUCCGAACAAUCAGCAGCCAACUUGACUCUUCAGGACUACGACUUCAUUUUCGAUGUUCGUCCAUUCAAUUUGUUUUGCAAAAGCAGAAUCACCAAAGCCACCAACUUGUGUCUACCAACAACUUUAUUGAAGCGUAAUUCGAAAAGCUUGACUGACUUGAUUAAUAUGGUGGACUUGUCAUCGGAAAUGAAAGACAUAUUCAUACAACAUUUACAGACUGAGGAUGUGCAUGAAUCUAGGAAACUUUCGAUUUUGAUUUAUGAUCAAUGCUCGUCCCAUGAGGCAAUCACUUUCCCCUUGUAUCAGACGAUUUCCAAAUUUGAAAAAUAUCAUGAGAAAUUCAACAUUUAUUAUCUCAAUGGUGGAUUUGCUGGUGUGUUGACUCAGAACAAUGGUGUUGUUGACAUUGGUCCACUUAGGUCAGAUGGCGAAAGUGGUGCUGCUUCAAAUGGACAUCGUAAAACCAAAAGUUUAUCAGGAUUUACAUUACCAUCAGCAACAAAUUUCAAAACUAAAUUUGUCCAAUCUAUCAAAAAGAAUAACGACUAUGACGUGAAGAAGGGGUCCGAUCCAAAUAAAGAGUUUUUCAGUGAUUUGUCCAGUAACGGAUCGGCUAACUUCACAAGUGGUGACAACAACUCCAGAGCUGACCCAUCUUACAAGUACAAGUUGAGGGAUAUCCCCAGUGACUUGGCACUUCCCAAGUGGCUACAAUUUAUGAGACAAGGUUCGAAUGAGGAAAGUGUACAGUACAUGAUUUCAAAAUUUGAGAAGGUUGAAGAAAUCGAAAAGAGUCGAUUGAAUAAAAUGGCGUCAAAUUUCAAGUCGCCUCACACCUCCAACAUACAGGGCCAAGACAAGAUAUUUUCUCCUUGUUGUCCCGAUUGUUCAACGAUUGAUUUUCAAUUGCCACAAGGGAUUGAGUUUGGCUACAAGAAUAGGUUCAAUAAUGUGUGGCCGUAUGAACAUUCAAGAGUAAAGUUGGGUCAAGUGAAGAAAGAACCUGAAACAGUAGAUGAAAAAGACAAAAUUGGACAGAAUGGUGUGGAAAAGCAGAACUUUGAUGACAAUCAGUAUAGCCAAUACCACCCCCACCACCCUCACCACCAUCAUGAUCAUCAUCAUCAUCAUCAUCGGCCCAUCCCACAAGAUGACUAUUUCAAUGGAAACUACAUCAACACAAGCAAAUUAAUCAGUAACAAUCUCACCUACAUUGCCACCCAAAACCCCUUGUCGUCAACAAUUGACGAUUUUUGGUCCACUAUUGAGUUGGAAGACGUUCAAGUUAUUAUCAACUUGGAAGCCAAGCCGAUCGAAUAUUUCAACCACCCAAGCAUCAAAUCCAUUGAAGUUGUUGAUACCCCAUACCCUGACUUCAAACUUCGUUUAAUCAAUAAUCGAAUUUAUCACUUCCACUACUUAUCCUGGCCAGAUUUUGGAGUUCCGCAUUCGUUCCAGUCGAUUUUAAACAUGAUCAAGUACAAGAAUCAACUAACUUUGGGUAAGCAGUUGAACAACAAGCUUUUGGUUCAUUGUACUGCUGGAUGUGGAAGAACUGGAGUGUUUAUUACUUUAGAUUCAUUGAUUCAAGCAUGGAAGAAUCUGAGGACCAAGGUUAUGGACCUGGAUAUCGACUUGGUUUACAAAUUGGUUCAACAUCAAAGAAGACAGAGGGUCGGCAUGGUUCAAAACUUGGACCAAUUUAUUAUCAUUUAUGAAAUUUUCAUUGAGUAUUUAAUUAACAAUCAAUAA